AUUGUGGGGGAGGGUCUGGUGCCAAUGCCCCAGUGGAAGCCAACGAGAGAGGGUGGUCGACCUUAAAGAAGCAGCUCCCUCUGGGUUUGCCAACCGUUUGAACUGCACCCAUUCUCUCCCGGUUACAACCACUGCCGAGCACAGAGCUCCGACUCAUUCAUUGUCCCCUGAACGAAACAAAUAUGACAUCCAGCUUCUUGCAUAACCUGUGCUGUGCUUGAGCGCACACACACAGCCCUGGCCCGAGGGUGGGGAGGCCUGACGUCACCUGUCAGCCAGGGAGACAGCUGCCGAGCUUCAGGAACGGAACCAAACUCCGGAUCGAGUGCAAAGCCAGCCGGCCUCCUGCACUGCUCUGGAGCUAUGCUUUCAAUUGAUGCGGAAACAGCAUGUACCGAAGACAGCGAAAGCUCCAAGUCAUGCACAUAAACGAGAUCUAAGCUGUGGACGGAACGGAAACAUCACUGGAAGAGCUCGCCGUUCUGCGCCGAUUCAGGCAGUCAAGAAGCUGACAUUUGGCGUAGGAGUCCCUUGAUGUGCCACCAGGAUGUUUUUCCCUGAUAACAUGAUGGAACACAAUGGUGCACAACAGAAGCCAAGAAAUUUAACAAAAGGUGCCAUGAAUGUGGAGCAACUAGCUGAAAGCGGAAGACCCCAGGUUCCUUGCGACAUGGCUGCUUCGAGUUUCCCUUUGCUGAGGUCGGCUGAAAGCAGGGAGCGGUUAGAAAACACGGCUAGCGACUCCUCGGAGACGGAAGCAGCAGAUAAAGAAAAAUCGAUGCAGGACAAAUCAGAAGAUUGCAGUACAGAUGAUCCAUCCAAAAAGAAAAGGCAAAGGCGACAGAGGACUCAUUUUACCAGCCAGCAACUUCAGGAGCUGGAAGCCACGUUCCAAAGGAACCGGUACCCAGACAUGUCAAUGAGAGAAGAGAUCGCUGUUUGGACGAACCUCACUGAGGCCAGGGUUAGAGUUUGGUUUAAGAAUCGCCGAGCAAAAUGGAGAAAGAGGGAACGCAACCAGCAGGUGGAUCUGUGUAAAAAUGGAUUUAUGCCGCAGUUUAACGGCCUGAUGCAGCCUUACGAUGACAUGUACGCCGGCUACAGCUACAACAACUGGGCGGCCAAAAGCCUGGCCCCAGGCCCACUGUCAUCCAAAAGCUUUCCAUUUCUCAGCUCCAUGAACCCACUGUCUUCUCAAUCCAUGUUCUCUGCUCCAAGCACCAUCUCCUCCAUGACAAUGCAGUCCACUAUGGUGCAUUCGGCUGUGCCAGGAAUGCCAGGGUCGAGCCUCAGUAACAUUAAUAAUCUCAACAGCUCCUCUCUCAAUUCAGCCAUGUCUUCGGCUGCCUGUCCAUAUGCAUCGCCGGCUCCUCCUUACGUUUACCGGGACAGUUGUAACCCUGGACUUGCUGGUCUCAGACUGAAACCUAAACAGCAUAGCGGUUUUGGAUACAGCAGUUUGCAGAAUCCAGGGUCCAGUCUUAAUGCAUGUCAAUAUGCAGUGGACAGACCCGUGUAAUAUGCAAAAUAACUGGACGUUUCAUUCAAUCUCACAGAAAGGAAGUAAAACUCCACUAAACAGGAUUUCAUUGCAACAUGUUAAUGGCGUAUGCGGGUUGCCACUCUCCUGGAUAUCAACCACAAUUCUGUCCAAUUUAAAAAAAACAUAUUUAAUUGCAAGAACUUGAGUGCGAUUUUUUUAAAAAAAAUAUUCAGUUGGGUGCUGUAGUUCGGUAUCCUUGACAGAUUUUCUAAGCUUAAGUUUACUCAUUACUGAACAAUCGAAAGUGGAUUUGUGUAUAUAUAGAAAUCAAUUAUAUUAUUGUUAAACAUUGCAAUACAUUGAAAAUAUAAAGUUUUAAAAAGAUUUAAACAAACAAAAAGGAUGCAUGUCUAUUGCUGUACCCCAGAUGAAGGAAUGUUCGAAAUUACUUCCAUUUUUAACUCCGCAGCAAGAAAAAAAAGCUACCUCUACACUGCGAUUAUUUCGCCCAAAAAUGAAAAUAACUCGAUUUCUUUUUUUUAAAAAAAGCAUGCUACAAAUCGAUUGUUUUUAACCUAGAAUGGCUUUUGAAUGGAUUGACAUUUUUUUUUAAAAAAGCAACGGAGAGUAUAAAUAGUAUCUAUAUGUGUUUUCAAGGCUGAAUUAUCUUUACUGUUUUUUUCACUUAGGGUCACUGUCCAAAAUGACGGUCGAUUUCUUUUUCUGGUGGCAUCUCGGAAGCAGGGUUGUACAGU